AUGAUAGAAUAUUCAUAUCUGUUUUAUGGCUAUUAUAAUAAUACAAUGGUUGUGAGUGAAGGCUUCUCGUACAACAUCCCUCUGGCUUAUCUGUUGACGGCAGCCUUCUACUUCAUCUUCUGCCUUAUUUGUAUGAUUGUAAGAAUGGGAAGUGUGGCGCGUGCUGUUGUAGCGGCGGGCGGAGGCGCAGUUGGGAAUUACAGUAUGCUGGUUUUUACAGGAUGGGAUCAUGGCCUCCAAGGAGACCGCGCCACUAAACUCAAACAAAACAAUCUCCGUUACCAGUUACAGGUGGAUCUAGAAGAAGAAAGUCUGAAACGAAAAGCUGCCUCGCUGACUUUAAAUCAGGCGAUCUCUCUCUAUACCUUUCGUGUUUUCCUCAACCUCGUGGUCUUAGCACUCAUUGGUGCAGCUUUCUAUGCCAUUGCCUUGGCAACCCAGUUCAGCCAGUCCAAUGCAACAACAGGCUUUGAGGGGUUGCUGUUGCAAUACUUACCCUCCAUUGUCAUAACAACAAGCAAUUUUGUGGUCCCCUUCCUGUGUGACAAGAUUGCUUUACUGGAAAAGCAUACUCCCAGUACUACGGUCAUUCUGGCCUUGCUUCGGGCAGUUUUUCUGCGUUUGGUGAGUUUGGGUGUUCUGCUAUACACUCUAUGGGAGCAGAUUACCUGUAGUGGAGAUAUCUCUAGUGCCAACUCAAACUGUACCAUCUGCAGUUACAAUUACAACCAAUAUAAGUGUUGGGAGACACGAGUUGGACAGGAAAUGUAUAAACUGACUCUUUUUGACUUUCUGAUAACCAUCGCCACACUGAUCCUGGUUGAAUUCCCACGCAGGAUCAUGGUAGAUCACUGUUCAUGUAAAUUAACUCAGUGGGUGGGACGGCAAGAGUUUCUGGUUCCCCCGAAUGUUCUUGCGCUAGUUUACAGUCAAACAGUGGUUUGGACCGGAGCUUUGUUCUCUCCAUUGUUACCACUUAUUAACACCAUCAAAUUCCUUCUCUUCUUUUACUGUAAAAAGAUAACUUUGUUUCAAAACUGUCGACCUGCUCUGAGAACGUUCCGAUCCACCAGCUCCAACUUCUUCUUCCUCUUGGUUUUGCUCUUCGGAUGGAUGUUGGCCAGUGUGGUUCUUCUUUACAGUGUAGCUAAGAUCCAUCCAUCUUAUGGCUGUGGGCCUUUCCGCCUUUCCCAAUCAAUGUGGCAAGUUGUGCCAGAAGCUGUCAACAUGCUAACCAGCACCAGUAAAGAAUUUCUAUUCUACAUUGGCUCCCAGCGUUUCUCUAUACCACUCUUCCUCUUCUCCUGUGUGCUCCUGUGCUAUGUGGGCGCUUUAACAUCUGUCCAUGGGAAAAGUGUAGAACUGCUAAAAUCUCAGUGUAAACUGGAACAGCGUGACAAGCAGUUCCUCGUGAGACAAAUUGAAGAGCUGAAUGCCAAAAUGCAAAAGGAACAACGUGUAGCACAGCAGCAACAGAGAGACACGGAGCGAUUCAACCAGACAGAACGGCAGUCGACUGGAUAUAACAAUUAUGCAUUUCAUCCAGAUGAUGACCCAAGGCCAUAUUAAGAUUUGAUUGAUAAAGACUACAGUUCACUAAACACUAACAAAUUUAUUAUGGACUUCUCUGUGUACUUAUUUAUCUGUAACAUCAGAUCUUAAACUAGUCUUUCAGUCGGAGGCGGACACUAAGUAUUUUUACUUUCUCCUUAAAAGUACAUUUUUAAGUAUUCGUAUUUUAUCAGUGUUUUUCUUUGGAAAACAUACAUUUCAAAGCAUAUUAUCAUAAUUUUUAAUCCACUACAUUUCAUAAUUUUAAGUUUUUGGUUUAUAUUUAAUAUUUAAGUACAUUAAACAUCUAGUAUUUUUUUACUUUUACUUAAGUAAAAAAGUAAUUUUGUACUUUUACUCAAGAAAAGUAAAAGUACACAAUUUUUAUGUAAUUAGGUAUUAAAAAUACAUUUUAAUAUUCAAUAUAAAAGGAAUACACAGUAUGAUUCUAUGCUUUAGAAUGUAGUGAACAUUUUUUAGUAAAGUAAUUUUUUUCCCAAGACAAACACUCUGAUAAAGCACAAAUGCUUGGAAAAUUUACUUAAAAUACUCAAGUAGUGUCCGCCUCUGCUUUCAGUUUCCACUAUUAACAUUUAAAUGAGCAAAUGAACUUCAAUUACUUGAAGCUUUUGAGUGUUUUAAGUUUCUUAUUUAUCUGUCAGAUAAGCUGUGCUGAUUAAUGUAUUAAAAAUUAAUUAAUUGCUUUA